AUGGCCGCCAUGAUGCCCAGCGCAACGACUUCGGCGAACCCCUAUGAGCACUACGAUCAAGACCCCCUUGAGGACGAUCUUAUCGACCCAGAUGACGCUGCUAUGGACCUGGAAGAUCCUCUCGCCUCGACUUCCGAUAGAGCACCAUUGACUGGCAACAUUCAACAACCGUCAGCUCGCGCUCAAAACACCCAAUCAUACUUGAACAACACAAUCGGCGGCGAGGAUCGCAGAGCACCUCAGAACACCAUCGAUGAGAGCGUUUGGGAAACACUAUCGCGAGACUUGCUCGCUGUCUGGGAAAAGAUGCGUCAAGUGCUAUACCCAAAGUACCUCUUGGGUGGUAUGCUGCAACGUGGUGGUGGCAUGGGUGGUGCGGAGAGGGCUGAAGGUGAAGGUCUGAGCGGUGGUGGCAUGAACGGACUGGUUGGCAGAUGGCCAGAUGCCGACACUGUUCUGCAGAGUGGUAUGAGCGAAGGUUUGAGGGAUUGGGACCUCUGGGGUCCUCUUGUCUUCUGCUUACUCCUCAGCUUCCUCCUCUCUCGCGGCGCACAGGACAAACAGAAGUCGGCCGUCUUCUCUGGAGUCUUCGCUACCGUCUGGAUCGGAGAGGCUAUCGUUACACUUCAGAUCAAGCUUCUAGGAGGCAGCAUCUCGUUUUUCCAGUCAGUGUGUGUCAUCGGAUACACACUAUUCCCACUCGUCAUCGCAUCCCUGCUUAGUGCAUUUGGUCUUCCUAUGAUUGCCAGAAUUCCCGUGUACAUUGUGCUGGUCGCAUGGUCACUGGCAGCAGGUGUUAGUAUCCUUGGUGGCUCUGGUGUCGUCAAGAAUCGUGUGGGUAUUGCAGUCUUUCCUCUCCUCGUCUUCUACGUUGGCUUGGGAUGCUUGUGUUUCAUCAGUUAA